UUCUCUUUCCUUUCUCUUGCUCUUGUUCUAGAGAAUGACCACGGAUAAGAGUGAGCUGGUACAGAAGGCCAAGCUCGCUGAGCAGGCCGAGCGCUAUGAUGACAUGGCUGCAGCCAUGAAGGCCGUCACGGAGCAGGGGCACGAACUCUCCAACGAAGAGAGAAACCUCCUCUCUGUCGCCUACAAGAAUGUGGUAGGCGCGCGCCGCUCCUCCUGGCGUGUCAUCUCCAGCAUUGAACAGAAAACAGAGAGGAAUGAGAAGAAGCAGCAGAUGGGCAAGGAGUACCGGGAGAAGAUAGAGGCGGAGCUGCAGGACAUCUGCAAUGACGUUCUGGAGCUGUUGGACAAAUAUCUUAUUCCCAAUGCGACACAACCAGAAAGUAAGGUAUUCUACUUGAAAAUGAAAGGAGAUUACUUUAGAUAUCUCUCUGAGGUGGCAUCUGGAGACAAUAAACAAACCACUGUGUCAAACUCCCAGCAGGCUUACCAAGAAGCAUUUGAAAUUAGUAAGAAAGAAAUGCAGCCCACACAUCCGAUUCGACUUGGCCUGGCACUGAACUUCUCGGUCUUUUACUAUGAGAUUCUAAACUCCCCGGAGAAGGCGUGCAGCCUGGCGAAAACGGCAUUUGAUGAAGCAAUUGCUGAGUUGGACACACUGAAUGAAGAGUCUUAUAAGGACAGCACCCUGAUCAUGCAGUUGCUGAGAGACAACCUCACUCUCUGGACGUCGGAAAACCAGGGGGAUGAAGGAGAUGCCGGGGAGGGCGAGAACUAAUGUCUAUCAUGCUUCGUGAUCUGUGCACUGUCACUCUGUACCCUCCACAUAUAUCCCUUUGUGCGAUAAAAAAAAAAAAAGAAUCGUACGUCGACUUUCGAUUUUUCACAGCCUCAGCCUAGCAAAAAUGGUCCAUGGGAUGAACAGCUGGUAUUUGUAGCUAAAACUCAAGAUUGGUCACAUAAAUGCCACGGCAUUCUGGAAGUUUUGAUUUUGAUUAACAUUGACAGGAUUACUGUGUGUUUAAUUUUUUAAAACUGAACACUGUGAUUAUGGGGUUUUGUAACUUAGCAGAACUCUUACUGGUAGAAAAAAAAUAGAUCUGAAUUAUGUGUAACUUUUUGGAAAGUUCAAUCAAAACAGUCUGAUAUCCAAACAGUCACUGAACUACAGUUCCAUUGUAAAGUUGUACAGAAAGUUAUAGAGAUUAUAUUGUGACACUGGUCUUGGAGUGAGAGAGCUGUCAUUUGGCAGUGGAGUGCAGUGGUCACUCACAGUAGUUCUGCCUGUUGUCCAGGGCGUACAGACACUUGGCCAGUUCGGGCUGUGGCCACUCAAAAAUUCAUGACCACAGAUGUCCACAGUGUCUUCCUCUAAGAAAACUCAAAGGUUGAAAUUGGAAUUCUUUGCAGAUGACUUAGGGUUAUGACACCACGAGAAGGUCCAGUGCUCAUAUCACACACGUGACUAAAAUCCCUUUCCUACAGCAAUAUGUUACUGAUUUGCAACUUAUGCUUCAGUAGUGGAAUCUCUUUUCCCUGUAACCACGAGCUAAAAGAAGAAAAGAGGCCGUGUAUUGUACAAAUGGCCUGAUCUGGUUCCUGGACCAUACCUUUAAAAACAACGUUCUACAGAGACUGCCUUUCAGUUGAGGACUUUUCAUCAAUCCUUGGGUUCUUCUUAGCUCUGGACUUCUAAAUUUAGAAAUCUAAAUUCUUCCCCAUGAUCUUUCUGACUGCUGACUUUGGUUUUCAUGUUUCUGUUCUUCUACUUUACUUUCUCUUCCUUUUGAAUUCUGUCUUUAAUUCCUUUGACUGAUAGUACAUGAGCAGGCCGGGGCCUGGAGGGGAAGAGAAGUCAGUGAGCACUUGGAUGAGCAGACCUGGCGUCAGAGAGCUGUCUUCCUCCCGUACGCAGCACGGUGGUUGCUCUUCAGUCACACCAACAUCUGAUCAAAAAAGUAUUUAAAAAUAUCCAUGAUUUCUUCCUGCAUUGCAGCCAGCCCUGAUAAUGCUUGUUAGUACCUGCCACCUGAUCUCCUAAGUCUACUCAUCCAGCCAAGUUAGCAGACGUGUUUAAACAAGACCCUAUAAUGCAGGGAAUUUGCAUGAACACUGCAAUGGGGAGAACCAAGACCAGCCAGGCCUGCCAGUCUCAGCAUCCCCCUUCUCCCUUAACAUUCCACCUAGCCGUAGUGUCCAUCUGUUUGUCCUUCUGCUGAAACGAGAAAAGAAACAUUCAUGCACUGAUUUAAAACAAACCAAAAAAGAAAAAAAUGACAAAAAAAAUCCCUCUCCUUCCUAGCUGAACAAAAACGUGCAGUUAGUACUUGGCGCUUGAAAACGCAGUAGUGAAUGUGGAACGAGCCUGUCUGUAUAUCUGGUAGCUCUUUCUUGCUUUGUUUUUCCUCACCAGUAUUCUGCCUCACGUUUGCUUCUGUGAUGGUUUUAUUGCCUAGCAAGCACACCCGUGGUUGUGAAAAUAGUAUAGCAAAAAAAGAAAAAUCCCCGGUUAUUGAUGUACUAGAUUUGUGUAUGUCUUUUAAACAGUUCUAGUUUCCACCUUACACGGAAUUAAUCAGGAAAAGUGUAAAAAUUCAAAAGUGAAAUAAAAAAUUUUAUGAGUUA